AUGCCGUCUACAGUAUCGCCUAAGAUUUUAACAACACCAACCUCAAAAAUUAUUACACUUGCAGCAGGGUGUUUUUGGGGUGUUGAGAAAGUAUUCAGGAAACAGUUUACUGAUAAGGGUCUUAUUGAUAUUAGAGUUGGCUAUGCUAAUGGUAUCCCCACAAUGGGAAAUGUCAAUUAUGAACAAGUAUGCAGCGGAUCAACGAAUUUCGUAGAGAGUGUUCAAUUGUCGUAUGAACCACAGACUUUGAAAAUUGAGAAUAUAUACGAUAUCUUCUUUAGAAUGCACGAUCCAACUACAGUCAACUCACAAGGACCUGAUGUUGGGACACAGUACCGUUCAGCAAUAUUGACAUCAGACGAAGAGCAGAACAAGAUUGCUUGGCAAGUAAAAGAACAAUUCCAAAAGGAAUGGUACCCUAAUCAUAAAAUCGUCACCAUUAUUGAACCUAUCAAAGUGUGGCAUGAUGCUGAGGACUACCAUCAAAAAUAUUUGGAAAAGAAUCCUAGUGGAUAUGAAUGCUCUACACAUUUUUUGAGAACCAAACCAAAAGUUUAG